AUGAGGAUAUUGGCCUACGGGGCAGCAACCGACUUGCACGACGAAUAUUUGAGAAUGAGCGCACAACUCAUUCGCAAAUCUCUCAUCAAGUUCGUUGAAGGUGUAAUUUCUAACUUCGGCGAUGAGUACUUGCGAAAGCCCAACGAAGAAGACUUGGCAAGACUUCUGCAUAUUGGAGAACAACGUGGGUUUCCAAGCAUGUUGGGUAGUAUUGACUGCAUGCAUUGGGAAUGGAAGAAUUGUCCCACUUCAUGGGCUGGACAAUAUGCCGGAAGAAGCGGGAGUCCGACAAUCAUCUUGGAAGCAGUAGCAUCUCAAGAUCUGUGGAUAUGGCAUGCCUUUUUUGGAACUCCAGGUUCGAGAAAUGAUAUUAACAUGCUUGAUCAAUCUCCUGUUUUUGAUGAUAUUUUGGAAGGUCGAGCACCGAAGGUAAAUUACAUAGAAAAUGGCCACGAAAAAAAUAUGGGAUAUUAUCUCACUGAUGGCAUCUAUCCUCAAUGGGCGGCCUUUGUCAAAUCUAUCCCAGGUCCACAAACGAUGAAGCACAAGUUGUUUGCUCAACAUCAAGAGUCCGCGCGAAAAGAUGUUGAGCGAGCUUUUGGUGUUUUGCAAGCUCGUUUUGCUUUUAUCAAAUGUCCAUGUCUUAUUUGGGAUCGUGAUAUUAUGGGAAAAAUAAUGAUUGCUUGCAUAAUCUUGCACAAUAUGAUAGUGGAAGACGAAAGAAGCACGUAUUCGAACUAUUGUGAUCCAACAGAAUUUAUUCAAGAUCGACUUGGACAAAGUAGUCGUGAGUAUGAAGAUGGAGAUGCGAAUAAUGAUUUCAUAUAUUCUACGAAUAGGAUUGCGAGUCUAGCUUCUUACAUGAAAAAUAAAGCCCAACUUCAAAACAGAGAAGCUCACAAAGCUCUGCUAAACGAUUUGGUAGAGCAUAUAUGGGCAAAAUUCGGCAAUUGCAAUUGA